AUGCCCUACCCCCAGGGCAAGGCUGGCACUGGCAAGAAGGCCGCCAAGAACCCUCUCAUCGAGAAGCGUACCCGCAACUUCGGUAUCGGCCAGGACAUCCAGCCCAAGCGCAACCUGUCCCGCUUCGUCAAGUGGCCCGAGUAUGUUCGUCUUCAGCGCCAGAAGAAGAUCCUGAACAUGCGUCUGAAGGUUCCUCCUUCCAUCGCUCAGUUCCAGGCCACUCUGGACCGCAACACCGCUGCCCAGACCUUCAAGCUCCUCUCCAAGUACCGCCCUGAGACCAAGGCCGAGAAGAAGGAGCGUCUCGUCCAGGAGGCUACCGCCGUCUCCGAGGGCAAGAAGAAGGAGGAUGUCUCCAAGAAGCCCUACCACGUCAAGUACGGUCUCAACCACGUCGUCGGACUCGUUGAGAACAAGAAGGCUUCCCUCGUCCUGAUCGCUCACGAUGUUGACCCCAUUGAGUUGGUUGUCUUCCUCCCCGCUCUCUGCCGCAAGAUGGGUGUCCCCUACGCCAUUGUCAAGGGUAAGGCCCGUCUCGGCACAGUCGUCCACAAGAAGACCUCCGCCGUCCUGGCCCUCACCGAGACCCGCUCCGAGGACAAGGCCGAGUUCGCCAAGCUCCUCUCCGCCAUCAAGGAGGGUUACACCGACAAGUACGAGGACUCCCGCCGCCACUGGGGUGGUGGUAUCAUGGGUGCCAAGGCCAACGCCCGCAUUGAGAAGAAGCAGAAGGCUAUCGAUGCUGCCAUCAAGGUCUAA